CGGCGACCCGGCAAGUCUCGGUGCGCGGGCCUGGGGCCUCACGCCUCACGCCGCGGCACCGCCAGUCUCCGCAGUCCAUCGCAGCCCCUCACACCGUUUUCUUCUCGCCUCCUCGCACGCCCCGCGCGUCCCUGCGACACCCGCUGAAAAUGAAGAUGCUGCUCUGAGUCGAUCCGCGACCGCCCGCUGCCCUGACGACCGGGUCGCUGAAAAUGCUGUGGGGUCCUCCAACAUAACGAAUCCGAUUCUCCGACUAUGGCUCUGGACUUCUUCGCUGGUUGCGUAGGAGGGUGUGCGGGGGUGUUGGUGGGUCAUCCUUUCGAUACCGUCAAGGUUCGAUUGCAAACACAAGACCCCGUCCGGCCGCGCUAUGCCGGCACCCUGCAUUGCCUCAGAACCAUGGUCAAGGAAGAGUCGGUGCGGGGGCUGUACAAGGGCGUCACGUCCCCGCUGGCGGGGGUGUCGCUGGUGAACGCGCUCGUGUUCGGCGUGUACGGCAACGCGCAGCGCCACCUGGAGGCCGCGGCGGGCGGCCCCUCCCUCACCGCCCACGCGCUGGCCGGCGGCGCCGCGGGCGCCGUGCAGAGCGUGGCGUGCUCGCCCGUGGAGCUGGCCAAGACCCGCCUGCAGCUGCAGGGGGGCGGCAACGGGCUGCCGGGGGGCGGCCAGUACACCGGGCCCGUCGACUGCCUGCAGCAGGUGUGGCGGUCGGAGGGCGUCCGCGGCGUGUUCCGCGGCUUCUGGCCGACGCUGGCGCGCGAGGUGCCGGCCUUCUCCGUGUACUUCGCGUCCUACGAGUGGAUGACCCGCGGCGACGUGCAGGUGCCCACCUGGCGGCUGCUGCUGGCCGGCGGCAUGGCGGGCACCAUCUCGUGGGUCAUCACCUACCCCGUGGACGUGGUCAAGAGCCGCGUCCAGGCCGACGGUGCCAACGGCAGCCCGCGGUACCAGGGCGCCCUCCACUGCCUCCGCGUCAGCCUGUCCGCCGAGGGGCCCGCCUUCCUGUUCCGCGGCCUCAGCUCCACCAUCCUCAGGGCCUUCCCCACCAACGCGGCCACCUUCGCCGCCGUGGCCUGGACCAUGCGCCUGCUGCAGGACGAGCAGCUGCACGACGCCGUGCAGGACAUGCAGCACGCCGUGGAGGCCGUGAGGGCGCCCGUCGUGCCCGCCGUCAACAACGUGUACACCGAGCAGCAGUCCCUCCUGGAGUGCGUCGCGCUGCGCUGCCAGAUGGCUUGCGAGUGCUGACGCCGCUGACGCCGCUGACGCGCAGGGCUCUGGGCGACGGCGUCCUGGAGACGAUGCCGUGGUCCGUCUGGUCCGUGUGGUCAGGCACCAGAGCGAGGCGCGCCACCAUCGCCGGCUCGCGUGGCUGUCGACUGGCUGCAGAUGGGGCCCGGCCGGGUGGCGUGGGUUCGAAUCCCACCGGAUGCCAAGUCAUCUGAUGCUCUCUUGCCACCCGCGCUGGUGGGCCGGAAGACAGGUGCAGGCGGCCAAAAUCCGACACGCCACGCAGUCGAAUUUUUGAUCCGAAUUUCGAGCUUUCGAGCAGUGUUUCGUGUUUCUUCUCUCUCUGUUCGAUGCAGUGGCCGCGCUGCUUUCUGGUACCUGAUUCACACGUUCCGCUCGACGGCUUUUCAGAAAAUUUGGGUAAAUAAUAAAUUUAGAAAAUGUUGUGAGAAUUCAGCUCGAACUGUCGCGCUCCGCCUGUUUCUCAUUGUAAAUAUUUUAGUCCAAUGAUUUAAUUAAGCUUAAGAGGCGGGUGUUUUUUAACUUACAAAAUAACGUACUGACAGACUGACACUCGGGGACGUUCAGUGCUCGCUCUAGAUUCUAGUUGGUUUUAAAUUAUUUUUCAUGACUAGCAAGUAUUUCUAUCUCCACCGGGCAUAGUCCACGCACGCCAUCGGCAUGCAAACAAACAAAAAAAUAAAGGUUGAUAACGCCCACAAC